AAUGGCGUAUCCCUUUACCGGAAGAAAUUUUGCAAAAAAAAGAUGUAUCGUGCCGACGCUAAAGAAAAUACAAGAUUGUUUAUUUUAGCAGGGAAGGGGGUAAAAGAAGAGACAUUCAGAGAAAAGUUUGAACAAUAUGGAAAGAUUGAAGACCUGUGGAUUGUCAAAGACAAGCGCACGAAUGAGGAUAAAGGUGUUGUCUAUGUCACAUAUUCCAAGGUGUCAGAGGCUGCUUUAGCUCUUGAAGAAAUGAAUGGAAAAAUUUUACCUGGAAAUCCAAGGCCUUUGAAGGUGCUUGUUGCAAAUACAAAGAGAGAUGGUUCAGUGAGGGAUCCAAGAGAAGAUGAGAGACUUGUUCGACUGUUUGUUAUCAUCCCUAAAUCAUUCACUGAAGAUGAUGUCACCAAAGAAUUCUCUCAACAUGGAGAUGUGGCAAGUGUGAAUGUGCUUCGUGACAAGGACAGUGGGGCCCCCAAGGGGUUUGCUUAUGUAAGGUUCCAUAGGCCGUACCAUGCAGCUCUGGCCCUGGAAAAUUGUAAACCUUCAUUUAAACCAAAAUGGGCGGAACCAAAGAAACCAGUUGGAGAAACCGUAGACAAGUAUGCACGAGACUUCCGUGACAUGCGAGACCAACGAGACAACUACUAUGAUCGCUCGAGCAGGAUGUUCGAUGAUAGAGACAGAGAUCGGGGAGAUAGAGGUGAUAGAAGAAGUAGCGGGGCUCCAGGCGGCUACCCUUACUCAGACAGAGAUAGAGGUCUGAAGCGUGGUUUUGAUGACUACAGAGAUGACAGGGACAUAAGGAGGGAUAGACGAGAAGAUUAUAUUGCUGAUGACGGACGGUCUAGAUACAGCGAAGGUAAACCUUCUGAUGAUAUGCUGUAUGGUCGUGGUGUAGUUGAACAGACUCCAUUCACAAUGAUUCAAGACCAUCAACACAACAACUGCCAACGCCUGCUUGUGACAGCCCCUCUUGGAUUGACACAGAGUUACCUACAUAAAUUGUUCAACUUGAUACCUGGUCUGGAAUAUUGUGAUCUCAAUGAACAAACUGGUCUUGCCUACGUAAGAUAUCAAACUCCUCAGUGUGCAGCCUAUGCUCGAGAGAAGUUGGAUGGGUUUGAAUACCCAAUUGGAAGUCGUUUGUUGGUGAGAUUCACAGAGGGUUCAAAUCAAAGUAAUCAAGAUAUGAGGCAAGGCUUUGAUCAAAUGCCGGAAGGUUACCGAGGUGUUGGCGGGCCUGAACCUCUAAUGGAUAGCAGUUCAGUACAGCAUCAGGCUGCCAAAGUACUUGAGCAAGCUGGUAUCAAUCCUGACCUGGUCCUUCAGAUGAACCAGCACGUACAGUCACAGCAAAUGGACAACAAAUUGGAACGUGUUACCUACUGUAACCUUAAACUGCCCCUGCCAAAGCCCCUUGUCCCGGAGGACGCCCCUGUAGCUGAACGUCUGUUUAUAGUUUGUCAGCCAGCAGCAGUGCCAGAGAGGAUAUUGAGAGAUGCUUUCAGCAGAUUUGGCAACUUGAUAGAGGUCUAUUUACUGUCUGGAAGAAAUUUUGGUUAUGCCAAAUACGCAACCAAAGACUCUGCUGCCAUGGCAAUAGAGAAGCUGCAUGGACAAUGUGUUGCUGGGCAACGACUGAAGGUACUAGAGGCAGAACCUCAGAAAAACCCCACUGACGAAGAUGGACACAAGAGACAGAGAGUAGAAUCUUUGAAUUAAAGCAAGAAGAUUCUAUUUCAGAGACUGGAUUGACAAUAUUAAAAGACAGAAUUGAACAACAGAUGAAAGACCUACCUUUCUGACAAGAGAAAGACUUCUACAUUGACAAAGUGAACUAUACUUCUGGAUAGACAACACACCACUUUACUGUUUUAUCUGACAUACAACAUAAAUAGGAUGGACUGCAAAAUAUUUUACUGUAUUAUCUGACUGAUGUUACUUGUACAAAAGAAGACAUUAUUGACACACUGUAUGAAUGAUGCACUUGUCGACUUGAAGCACUACAUUAACUUUUUAAAGAAAACAGCCGCAGACUGUAUCUUGACUGUAGAAGAAAAGAAUAGUACUUUGACUCUUGAAGGAAAAUUGCCACCGUCGAGCCAAUGCUGGCUUCUCUUGGUGUCACAUGGGUUAUUACGACCUUAUUUCUGGAAAUAAACAGCAUGACGGAUAUAUUUAAAUAUACAAUGAAACGUACCCGUAACAUGUUUUAUUGACAGUUGGAAAAUCUGCUAAUAACGGAAUAUGACUUGAAUGUUUGAACAUCAAAAUACAUAUUUCAUCUACACACAUUGACAUUUACAUUGCCUUACUUACAUUAGUAACAACUAUAUAGUCAUACCAUACCUUAUUUGUAGUACAAACUUUUGUGAAAUUAUGUCUGUAAACAUCAUAUUACCUUUCGGGACAAAAAUAUCAUCGGGAUGUCAAGUACAUGUAGUGUAUUCAUGGGUUAAAUGUUGUCGCAAAUACUGUUGAAAAUAAUCGUAUGUUUUUAUCAUGGACGUAGAAAGGGAUAAAAUAUUUUUAGUGUGUUUUGUUUACUACUAGUAGAAUUACAUUGACACUGUUCAGAUGUUCAUCCUUUUUGUAAAUUAGUACAAAAAGUGGUUAGUAAUAUUGACAUAAGGAAAACAUAACUAGAAUGUGAUAUGUGUAUCUUUGGGAUAAGACAAAAACAGACGGCACUUCAUAUUUGUGUGGACGGUAGAGUAUAAAUAAUUAGUGUAGCUUGGUUAUUAUAAAUAUAGAUAGUGGGGUCCAUUCUUUUGUCUGCUGAAUUUAGUCGUCCUUAGGACAAACAGGAAAAAAUUAAUAGAAAUCUAUUCUCUGAAAUUGUCAUCAUUUUGAAUAAUGUUUUUCUAUCUUGUUUUCUCAAUUUCUGUAGUCACUUUUCCAUUUUCAUGUCACUCAUAUUCAUAUGUUUCAUGUCAUGUUUUAGUAUCGUAAUGAUUAAUGUCAUGGUGUGAUUUGAUUCAUGUCUUAGUGCCACAAGGUUUAUAUCAUGUCAUGAUACCAUAUUUUUCUUGUGUCAUGGUGUCAUAUGAUCCAUAUCAAGUCAUGGCAUAACAUCAAUCCUAUCAAGUAAUGGUUUCAUUUUGAUCCAUGUUGUGUCAUGAUGCCAUAUUAUUCAUAUCAUGUCACAUUGUUCCUUUUUUAUGUUCAAGCGAAUCAUGUUCUUAACUUGUGUUGUAACUGGUAAAUAAAUGAUAAUUACAAUCAACAGAA